AUGCAAAACUUUGAACUGCUCGAAGCUCACGAAACCUUCAAGAAGAGAAGAACGAACAAUACCAAGCCAGGAAGAAACUCAGAGAUCCUUCAAUGGAAUCUCCUCCUCCGCCUCCUCCUCCGCCGCCUCCUCCGCCGGACAGAUCCAAACGCCUCCAUAAUUUUACCUUGCCUUAUCUCCGGUGGGGACAGCAGAGAUUCCUCCGCUGCGUCAAGCUUCCUCACCACCGGUCUCCUCCUCCGUUUCCUUCUUCUUCCUCUUCUCCAUCUCCCGAUCGCGCUGCUCAGAGAUAUUCCGCCGCUGCCGCUGGAGUCACGGCGAUGGAUUCCUGUCGGAGAUUUGGUUCCGGCGGGGAGGUCGGUGUCGACAACGGAAAGGCGGGACUCGCUUUCCGGCUUGACCCGAAAGUGAAGGUCUCAGUUAUCGGCGAAGGAUUUGAUGGCGGAGCGAGGAACGGCAGCGUCGCGGCGGCUCGGCCGUGGAAUCUGAGGACGAGGAGGUCGGCGUGCUAUGAACCGAGGGAUGAAGCGGCGAGGAUCGGUGAUUCUCCGGGGAGACAUGAGAGUGGCGCGAAGAGAGGUGGCGACGGUGACGGCGAUGUCUACAGGGAGAAGAAUGGAAAACUGAAGUUCUCGGUUCCUUUGUUGAGAGAGGAAAUCGAAGAGGAUUUCGCCGCCAUGAUCGGGAAACGACCUCCGAGGAGACCCAAGAAGAGACCUCGGAUCGUUCAGAAGCAAUUGAAUUCGCUUUUUCCCGGGUUGUGGCUGACAGAAGAAGUAACAGCAGACUCAUACAAUGUUCCUGAGGUUCUGGAAACAUGAAAGGUGGUUCUUCAGAAAUGCCUUCAAUGGUGUCAGCUUUUCUCCAAAAUGUAUCAACUCGUUCAUGUUCUUCGUUGGCAUCCUAGUUUUAUAUGCAGUUGUCAUUGUAAAAAAGGGAAAUGUAGCAGCUUUGGUUCCCUGUUAGUGCAGAAACCAUUUCUGGUCUCUCUACGUGCUCUUCUUGUUGUAAAGGAGGUAACUGGGAAAUCAUCGGCUCAUCAAUACUGUUAGGUAAUCCACGCAUCAUCAUCAAUCUAAUUGUAAUCUCCAUGCAAUGGAAUAUCCAGAUGUUUGUUUUGAUAA